UUCGCCUUCCACGGCCGGUCCGCCAUGUCGUCGCUCUCUAACAGCUUACUUUCCAUGUCCGUCCCAAAGCCCUUGGACCUACUAUACACCACUCUGCAGAUGUCGAGGGUGCUUCUGCGGCCGUCCACGGUAGAAGAGGCGUGAAACUCAAAGCACAUGGCCGGGCAGAUUCGGUUCCUCGUCCGAAUUCUCAGCCUUCAGGCCCAGGGCGGAGAAACAACUCUUCUCUGUCAACACUUAAAACCCAUCCAACUUCUUGUUCCGACUAUGGCCCGAAUUGUUGGGGGGCGUUAGAGGGUAGGACGGUGGUUAUUUGAGCAGCUUCGCGAGGGCAGAAGGUCAGCAACUCUGGGUCGACACAAUGGUCUCUUCCGUCUUUGCUUGGGGAUCUUUCAUCUUGGGCCUGGGGGUACUUUCUGGCACCAGUUCGAAACUGCCUGGGUUCCCAGAGAAGAUCUACGGCGUCAACUUGGGCUCAUGGCUUGUCCUUGAAUCAUGGAUGCUCCCGCAAGAAUGGAAAGACAUGGGUGGCGAAUCUUGCAGCGUCUGCUCGGCAUGCGUUGCCAGCGAGUUCGCGUUUGCAAAGAAGUAUCCCGACACAGUUGACGGCAUCUUCAAGACCCAUUGGGAGACGUGGUUCAGCCAGGCGGAUGUGGACGCCUUGGCGAAUGUCAACAUCAACACAGUCCGCAUUCCGCUUGGGUACUGGAUCAUCGAGGCCUUGGUCGACCGCAAGACAGAGUUCUAUCCGAGAGGCGGAUUGAAGCAGCUGCGCCGGGGCCUGCAAGCGCUGAAUGACGCGGGUAUUGUUGCUAUCCUCGAUCACCACGCGCUGCCUGGUGUGCAGACCGCCAAUCAGAUGUUCACGGGACAGUGCACCAGCAAUGUUCAGUUCUACACCGCUUACAACUACCACCGGGCCCUGAUUUGGACAGCCGUCAUGACUACUCUGUCGCACAUCGACCCUGCUUUCAGCAACGUCGUCGCCAUCGAGGCUGUCAACGAGCCCAUCAUGAACGCUGCGAUGACACCCGGGUUGGGCGACUUUGACAAGAACUUUGUCAGAGUGGUUAGGGCCACAGAGCUCCUCUUGGGUAUCCGAAGCCCAGCGUUUCCCAUCGUGCCGGCACCGGGAAAUGGGAACUUCACGGCCAUGAUGCCGAAUGUGGCCGAUCAGGAGACGCUGUUUACGCCCGAGGUGCGGAGUGUUCUGCAGGAUGCUGUCCCGAUUCUGUUGGAGCUGGGUGUGGGUGGCUUGUCUCAGAGAGACGGUCCGCUGGUCACAAGCUUCAUGGAUGUCAACUGGCAGAACACCAAUCCGGCGAAUCCCGCAGAUGCUGCCAAUGGACCGCAGGGCUACGACAACCAUCUCUACUACGUAUUCGGCGGUGUCGCUGAUGCUAACCCUACUGCCUAUAUGCAGAGUAUAUGCAAUCUGAAUCGAGUCCAAGCUGACGCUGCCCUGGGCAACAGUCCCCUUUGGUUCGGCGAGUGGGGUUUGCCAACGCAAUUCUCGGCCACGGACGCGUUUCUCAUGCAAUGGGCUGAUGCCCAGAAGCUCGCCUAUAGUCAGGGCGCGGGCUGGAUUUUCUGGAACUUCAAGGUCGAGAAAUCCGCGCUUGCGGGCAACUUGUCGAAAGAAUGGAGUUAUCUUGAAGGCGUUCGAUUGGGGUAUCUCACGGAAGAUCCGUCGCAGCUGCACAACCCGGAUGUCUGUGCUCCGUACACUCAGCAAUCCUAAUAUGUAACGAUCGUAUUCUUUUGGUUCAAUGUAUGCUGCCAGAGAGAACCUCUUUUGGGUCUCGCUGGAUGAGCACGUGUCCGUGAAUGCGCUUCUUCAUAAGUACUACCCCUUGACAUAGCUAUCUCGCACAACCGCGGCGCUGCAGUCAACCCACUGGCAGGAGCGCCAUGCAGUCCCUCUGUCUUUCCUUGGCAGUUCUCCUCGUCGUCCUCGCCGAAGCGCACGGCGCGCAGGCUUCUACUCCAACCACGCUCACGAUCUCGAGCAGUCAAGUCGCGUCGUUCAGCGCGUACACCCACUUCGCAUCGGCCGCGUAUUGUCCGGCGAGCGAGUUGUUGACUUGGACAUGUGGAGUGGACUGUCUCGCCAAUGCAGACUUUGAGCCAAUUGCGGCAGGCGGGGAUGGUGCAUUCGUCCAGUACUGGUUUGUGGGAUACUCGCCUUCGCUCAACACAAUCAUUGUCGCCCACGAAGGGACUGAGCCCAAGGACCUGUCGGUUGUUCCAAAUCGUACGAGCGACGCGUCAGUUGACCCUCCGUAGGGUCCCGCUGCUCACGGACGCCGAAUUUGUGCAGCGACACCUUGACCCCAUUCUCUUUUUCGGCGCUGAUCCCGCAAUUAUGGUACAUUCCGGAUUUGCAGAUGAACAUGCCAAGAAAGCUGUAUCUGUCCUCGAUGCAGUCAGGAAGGCGAUUGAACGGUACGGUACCGAGCAUGUUACCCUCGUCGGGCACUCCUUGGGUGGAGCCCUCGCCUUGUUAGACUCGGUGUAUCUCCCUCUGCACCUUCCGGACUCGGUUAAAUUCAACACCAUCGCGUUCGGCUUGCCGCGGGUCGGGAAUCAAGCUUUUGCGGACUACGUCGACCGAUCGGUAUCUUUGGUGCGGAUCAACAAUCAGAAAGAUAUCGUCCCUGUGAUACCUCCUCGCUGGUCGUCGUAUGGAUUCCAGUUUCGGCAUCCUGGGGGCGAGAUGCAUAUCCAGCCUUCUGGGGAAUGGGAUCUUUGUUUAGGACAAGAAAACGAAAGCCCUCUAUGUUCCUUGGGUCAGGUUCCUAGGAUCGAAGAUGGCUCCAUUAGAGAGCAUGAUGGGCCAUACGCUGGAGUUUGGAUUUCGAGGGAGGCUUGUGGACUUUCAGUCUAACUUGCAUCACCUGGUGUUAAUCUAUAUGCACGAUCAUUCAUAAGAUAUAACUGCAAUACAUUCAUACGUAACCACUUUAUUAAGGAUCGAACUGGGGACCGCCCCACGAUUGAUUCCACGAAUUAAUGAUGACUACCGAUCUGAUCUGACCUCUCGAAUGAUCAAUCGCGCUUGAGCUUACUGACCGUCACACUGACCACCAGCAUCUUGGGCAGUGAACAUAUCCUAAGAAAUAUUCAAACAUGUCAGGGAGCGUCAAUGUAUUCGUCGUUUCACCAGAUACACAGUCUGAAAGACGGAUCGAACCUCACAUCACGGUGGAGGAAUUGAAGAACAAGCUCGAGCUGAUCACCGGAAUUCCGACAUCGAGCCAAGUCAUUACGAUUCAGACGUCGCUUGAAGAUCCAACCGACGUCGCUACACUGGCCGAUGAUUCUCGGCCUCUGGGAUUCUACGGAUUACGCGACUGGCAUGUCCUCAAAGUUAUAGACACGAAUCCGGCAAAUUCAUUUACAGGGCAACUCACGGAUGUGACGCAAGUUGAUAAAUUCGAGCUCAGCGACACUGCAUAUGCGGCAAGAACCGGUGCGAAAUUUGAGUGUCUAGAUUGGCGCUGAACUGAGCUCACUUCGAAUCAGAUACUGUCCUUGCAUACAAGCAACGAAACAAAGUCGGACGAUUUGCACCGAAGGAUGCUCCACAACGUCCACCCGUGGAGAUGAACAUUCCCCUUGGAUCGAGGUGUGAGGUGGAAUCGAGCGAGCCUGGGUUGAGCAAGCGUGGGACGGUGCGGUUCGUGGGUGAGACUAGGUUCGGGAACGGAGAGGGAAUUUGGGUAGGCGUUGAAUACGACGAGCCCAUGGGCAAGAACGACGGCUCGUAUGUCAUCCCCUCCGUGUCGGCAUCCUUUCACUGAUAACUAUGCUCAGCGUCCAAGGCGAACGCUACUUCUCAUGCGCUCCCAAAUAUGGCGCAUUUGUAAGACCAGACAAGGUGACUGUCGGCGAUUUCCCCGUAGAGGACUUGGAUUUAGAUGAGGAGAUGUAAUCGAGGCCGGAGACGCGUCACCCAGGCCGUAGCUGAAUAUUUCGUGUGCUAUCGAGUCAAUAAUUCGCCAGAUAAAGAAGGAAGUGGAAGGAUCACGAAGGUUCGGACACGUGUAGACGUGACUCGUGACAGGCCUACGCGUCCCUUGAGCGCUGCCUUUAUAACACACUUUCUUGUUCCACACUACCACAUUCCUGCCAUGGCUGAUCCUAGUGGUGCCCCCGCUCAACCUGGUCCCGACGAUGUCUCUACUGCUAUCUUGCGGCCGAAGAAAUCGCCCAAUCGACUCCUAGUCGAUGAAGCGGCAACCGACGACAACUCCGUUGCUACUCUCAACCCCGCUACCAUGGAGGUGCUUGGUCUCUUCCGUGGGGACACAGUUAUCGUUCGCGGAAAGAAGCGACGUGAUACUGUGCUCAUCUGUCUCUCCUCCGACGACGUCGAGGAAGGUCGCAUCCAGGUUAACAAAGUGGCCAGAAACAACUUGCGCGUUAAGCUUGGGGAUCUGGUCGGCGUGCACCCAUGCAAUGACAUCAAAUACGGAAAGCGUGUACACAUCCUUCCCUUCGAUGACUCUAUCGAGGGUCUCAGCGGGAACAUCUUCGAUGUAUACCUCAAGCCGUAUUUCCUCGAGGCCUACCGACCUGUGCGCAAGGGUGACACUUUCCUCGUGCGCGGUGGUAUGCGUACAGUCGAGUUCAAGGUCAUCGAGACCGAUCCGUCCGAAUUCUGCAUCGUUGCUCAGGACACUGUCAUUCACACUGAGGGCGAUCCCGUGAAGCGUGAGGACGAGGAGUCGAACCUGGCUGAUGUCGGCUACGACGACAUCGGUGGAUGCCGCAAGCAAAUGGCUCAGAUUCGAGAAUUGGUCGAGCUGCCUCUCCGUCACCCGCAGCUGUUCAAAUCUAUCGGUAUCAAGCCUCCUCGUGGUAUCCUCAUGUUUGGUCCUCCUGGAACAGGAAAGACGCUCAUGGCCCGUGCUGUGGCCAAUGAGACUGGUGCCUUCUUCUUCCUCAUCAACGGUCCGGAGAUCAUGAGCAAGAUGGCUGGUGAGAGUGAGAGCAACUUGCGAAAGGCGUUCGAAGAGGCGGAGAAGAACUCGCCAGCGAUCAUCUUCAUCGACGAGAUCGAUUCCAUCGCUCCCAAGCGAGAGAAGACUAACGGAGAGGUCGAGCGCCGUGUCGUUUCUCAGCUGCUUACGCUCAUGGACGGCCUUAAAGCUCGCUCUAAUGUUGUCGUAAUGGCUGCCACCAACCGACCCAACUCCAUCGACCCGGCUCUUCGUCGUUUCGGCCGUUUCGAUCGCGAAGUUGACAUUGGUAUUCCGGAUCCCACUGGACGUUUGGAAAUUCUUCGCAUCCACACGAAGAACAUGAAGCUUGGAGAGGAUGUUGAUCUUGAGCAGAUCGCUGCCGACACGCACGGUUACGUCGGCUCUGACGUCGCGUCCCUAUGCUCGGAAGCUGCGAUGCAGCAGAUCCGAGAGAAGAUGGAUUUGAUAGAUUUGGAUGAGGACACCAUCGACGCUGAGGUCCUUGACUCUCUUGGUGUGACUAUGGACAACUUCCGCUUCGCUCUCGGCACGUCAAACCCCUCUGCAUUGCGGGAAACCGUCGUCGAGGUGCCCACUGUCAAGUGGGACGACGUCGGUGGUUUGGAGAAGGUCAAGCAAGAGCUGCAGGAGACUGUGCAGUACCCAGUCGAGCACCCCGAGAAGUUCCUCAAGUAUGGCAUGUCUCCGUCCAAGGGUGUCCUGUUCUAUGGACCUCCUGGAACGGGUAAGACCAUGUUGGCGAAGGCCAUUGCCAACGAAUGCAAUGCCAACUUCAUUUCUAUCAAGGGACCGGAGUUGCUUACGAUGUGGUUCGGUGAAUCCGAGGCGAAUGUCCGUGACGUUUUCGACAAAGCGCGUGCGGCUGCCCCUUGUGUCAUGUUCUUCGAUGAACUUGACUCGAUUGCCAAGGCCCGUGGCAACUCCUCUGGGGACGGUGGAGGUGCAGGAGAUCGAGUGCUGAACCAGAUCCUGACAGAGAUGGACGGUAUGAAUGCGAAGAAGAACGUGUUUAUCAUCGGUGCCACCAACAGACCGGAUCAGAUUGACUCGGCUCUCCUUCGUCCUGGUCGUCUUGACCAGCUCAUCUACAUUCCUCUCCCCGAUGAACCAUCGCGUCUGUCUAUUCUCAAGGCGAACCUCAAGAAGUCGCCGGUAUCUCCCGAAGUGGAUCUCAACUUCUUGGCCAAAAGUACUCACGGCUUCUCUGGUGCCGACUUGACGGAGAUCUGUCAGCGCGCUGCGAAGCUGGCCAUCCGGGCGAGCAUCGAGUCUGAUAUCCGUCGGGCCCGGGAAAAGAAGGAGAAGGAUGAAGCGGCCGGCGAUGACGCUAUGAAAGUCGAGGAGGAUGAGGCUGAGGAGGAUGACCCCGUUCCCGAGAUUACAAGAGAGCACUUUGAGGAGGCUAUGAAAUUCGCUCGUCGCUCGGUUUCUGAUCAGGACAUCCGUCGUUACGAGAUGUUCUCGCAGAAUCUGCAGCAAUCCCGGGGUUUCGGUAACAACUUCAAGUUCCCAGAGGGUGAAGGUUCCUCUGCUCCUGCAGCCCAGGCGUCUGGAAAUGCAGGGUUCACGGAGGACUCGGCCGAUGACGACUUGUAUGCCUAGAAUUGAUUUGUAGUCUCGAACAUGAUAAAAUCCAAUCAAUGCAACUCACGACCAGUAGAAGCCAGUAGACCAGUGUUGUAAAGUUGCGUAAGUGCUAGAAAGUUCAUGCCGGGUUCCGGUUUAGUAUUAUCCGCGGUAGGGCGAUCACAACACGCGUCAACGCGUUCCACAAUAUCAGGCUGCAUCCAAGCUAUCCAAAAGUCGCUCGCUCACCGCUCGCUCGACCAUGUCGGCGACACGGCUCUCAAAUGCGUCGCGCUCUCUCUCCGCCACCUCGCUCAAUCUGAAAGGCCGACUCUCCGUGCUCACUUCAGCACCACUCGUUCCCGUUGCGACUGCACUGCAAGCCAACAUCAACUUUGUUCCAGCACGGAUUCCCCCGAAACGGAGGCUGCAGAUGCUGGCAGUGGCCUUUUGGUCAGUAGCUAUCCCGCUCGCGGCCGCUUUCUUUCUUUUCCUCUGCUCGUAUCCAUCGCUAUGGCCGGCCUUGAUUCUGUACUUGGUGUGGAUGCACUGGAUCGACCAAAGUCCGGAGCACGGCGGUCGCAGCAGCCAGUGGUUUCGCUCAUUGAAGUUUUGGAGUUACUUUGCGGACUAUUAUCCUGCUUCAUUUCUCAAGGAAGCUGAUCUCCCGGCCGACCGACCGUAUCUGUUCGGUUACCAUCCUCAUGGUAUCAUCGGGAUGGGUGCGGUCGCGACCUUUGCCACGGAAGCGACGGGUUUCUCGCAAGCUUUCCCAGGAAUUAGACCACACCUACUCACCCUCUCAAGCAACUUCAACAUUCCAUUCUAUCGGGAAGCGUUGUUGUCGAUGGGAAUCUGCAGCGUUAGCAAGCGAUCUUGUCAGAACAUACUCAGUGCGGGUCCUGGGUCAGCCAUUACGAUCGUGGUCGGAGGCGCGGCGGAGAGUCUCAGUGCUCAUCCUGGGACAGCGGAUUUGACACUGCGUAAACGGUGCGUUUAGAGGUCUGUGGGAGAAUCUUGUUGAAGAUAGUUUAUGGUCAGAUUGGGAUUCAUCAAACUGGCCAUAAGGAAUGGCGCGGACCUGGUUCCCGUGUUCUCCUUUGGCGAAAAUGACAUAUACGAGCAAAUGCACAAUGAACGUGGGACGACCAUCUUCAAGCUGCAAUCGAGUUUCAAGUCGAUGUUUGGGUUCACGCUGCCUCUCUUCCAUGGGAGAGGGCUUCUAAAUUAUAACAUCGGUCUGAUGCCGUAUAGACGGCAAAUCGUGGCUGUCAUUGGAAGGCCGAUCCAUGUCACGCGUUCAGAAAACCCUGCGCUGGAGGAAAUCAUCUCUGUGCAAAAACAAUACAUCGAAGAACUGGAGAG